AUGAAGACGGUGGCAGCCCUCGUCCUCGCCGCCUCGUUGACCUCCGCCAGGGCGGCCGCGGAGCAGGCCAACCCCAUCGGCAAGGUGCUGGAGCUGAUCUCCGGCCUGCAGGCGAAGGUGAUCGGCGAGGGCGAGACGUCGCAGAAGGUGUACGAGUCGUUCUCCGAGUGGUGCGAGGAGAGCAACAAGAACCUCGCAUUUGAGAUUAAGACAUCGAAGUCUGAAGUCCAAGACCUGAAGGCCGUCAUCAGCGAGGAGACCGCCAGGGUCGAUUCCCUCACGACGAAGGCCGAGGACCUGGCUGGGCAGAUCUCCACCAACGAGGCCGACCUGAAGGCGGCGACCUACAUCCGUGCGAGCGAGUCCAAGGCAUUCGAGGCGGAGAAGGCGGAGCUCGUGGACAUCAUCGACACGCUCAGCCGCGCCAUCGGCAUCCUCGAGAAGCACGCGAGCGCGGCGCUCCUGCAGGCCAAGGGCGCCGCCGGCCUCGUGGAGGCCCUGCACGUCAUGGUGCAGGCCUCUGGCUUCAGCGCCUCGGACGCCCAGCGCCUCACGGCGCUCGUGCAGCAGUCGCAGGACGCCGAGGGUGACAACGAGGGCGCCCCCAGCGCCUCCGUGUACGAGGGCCACAGCGGCGGCAUCGUGGAGGUGCUGCAGGACCUGCUCGACAAGGCCCAGGUCUCCCUGAAGAGCGCGCAGGGCAAGGAGACGUCGAACCUGUUCGCCUUCGAGAAACUCAAGCAGUCCAUCGAGGACGAGAUCGCCUACGGAAAGAAAGAGCUCGCGGAGGCAAAGGCGGGCAUCGCGGCCGCGAGCGAGAAAAAGGCGACGGCCACGGGCGAUCUCGAGGUGACCUCAAAGGACCUCGCAGCCGACGUCAAGGAGCUGGGCGACCUGCACGAGAACUGCAUGACAACCGCGCAGACCUUCGAGGCGGAGGUCAAGAGCCGGGCGGAGGAGCUGAAGGCGCUCGCGGAGGCUAAGAAGGCAAUCUCUGAGAACACUGGCGGCGCCGAGUCUCUGUCCUACGGCCUGAGUCAGCAGGCCUUCCUGCAGCUCUCCUCUGGCACGGGCCUUGCGCACUUCGAGGCUGUCCGCUUCGUGCGGGACCUCGGCAAGCGCGAGGGCGCUUCGGCCUUGACCCAGCUGGCCAACCGCAUGGCGACAGCGAUGCGCUCCGGCGGGGCGUCCCAGGAUAUUUUCGCCAAGGUGAAAGGCUUGAUUGCUGACAUGAUAGAGCGGCUCGAGAAAGAAGCGGACGCCGACGCGAAGCACAAGGCUUAUUGCGAUAAGGAGCUUGCCUACGCAGACCAGAAGAAGGCAGACCGCGUGACGGAGAUCGAGAAGCUCACCACCGCGAUCGACGAGAUGUCGGCACGUUCUGCGCAGCUGAAGGAGGAGAUCGCGACGCUGGAGAAGGAGCUGGCCAACAUUGCCACCGAACAAGCAACCAUGGACAAGAUCCGCGCCGCAGAGCACGAGGCGUACGUCAAGAACAAGGCGGACAUGGAGCAAGGCAUCAAGGGGAUCCAGAUGGCGCUCAAGGUCCUGACCGAGUACUACGCGUCGGACAAGGAACACUCGGCUGCCGAGGGCGCCAGCCAGGGUAUCAUCGGCUUGCUUGAGGUAAUAGAGUCGGACUUCCAGAAAGGCCUCUCCGAUAUGACGGGGGCCGAGGAGAGCGCCCAGGCAGAGUACGAGCAGCUCACCAAGGACAACGAGAUCGCCACCGCGACGAAAACCCAGGACGUGAAGUACAAGACCAAGGAGUCCAAGGACCUGGACAAGGCGACCGCCGAGGCGGGGUCGGACCGCGCGGGGGUGCAGACGGAGCUCGAGGCCGUCGAGAAGUACUUGGCCAGUCUGCACGAGCAGUGCGACGAGACCGCGCCGACGUACGAGGAGCUCGUCAGGCGCCGCUCCGCGGAGGUCGCCGGCCUGCGUCAGGCGCUGCAGAUCCUCGAGGGCGAGGCCGCCCUGGUGCAGCAGCGCAGCGAGCACCGGACGCUGCGGGCCGUGCGGGGGCACCUGGCGUGA